GCAGAGUGAAGAGUUGUCAGGACACUGAAGGCGACCGAGGACAAAAAGGGGCAUGGAGGGUCAGGAACUGCCUUAUGUGCUAAUUGACUGUAUAGGAGGGAAGCACGGAGUAUAUGAAGACCAUGUUGAAUUUCUGGAGAAACAUUUUCAUCUCAUCACCAUGAAAGAGUAUCUUGAAAACAAGAAAUUUCUCAGCAAAAAGAUCAGAGCUGUUUAUAUGUGGUAUCACAAACCAGUUAUUAAUGAAGAGCUGCUCCAGAGCUUGCCUAACUUGAAGAUAGUCGCAAGCUCUGGAGUGGGAAUAGAUCACUUGGACCUGAACCUCCUCUCCAGCCAUGGUGUGAAAGCGUCCAACACUCCAUUUGUUGUCUCCACUGACACGGCAGACUUGGGGAUGGCUUUGAUGCUGGCAUCUUCCAGGAGACUUGUGGAAGGCUAUCAGAUGGCAGUCUCCCGUGACACGGAGUAUUUCCCUGCUGACUGGCUGGGGACUGAGGUUUCUGGAGCGACCCUGGGGAUCGUGGGAAUGGGCACCAUUGGCUACAAAGUGGCUGAGAGAGCCAAAGGCUUUGAAAUGAAGAUUUUGUAUCACAAUAGGAAUCGGAGAAACAAGGAAGAAGAAAGUGCCGUUGGAGCUAUUUACUGUAAGAAGAUAGACGAUUUGCUCCAGCAGUCAGAUUUUGUGUUGCUGUCUGUGAACCUGACUCCACAGACACACAAACUGAUUGGGAAGAGGGAGCUGGAGCUGAUGAAACCCACAGCUACUCUCAUUAAUAUCAGCAGAGGUCUGGUUGUGGAUCAGGAUGCUUUGGUGGAAGCCCUUCAGAACAAAGUUAUUAAGGCAGCUGCUCUGGAUGUGACAUAUCCUGAACCUUUGCCAAGGGAUCACCCUUUGUUAAAGCUGAAGAAUGUUAUAGUAACUCCUCACAUUGGAAGUGCCACCAAAAAGACACGCCGCCUUAUGAUGGAAAACAUGACGGAAAGCAUACAAGCAGGUCUUACAGGUCUUCCUAUCCCUAAUGAAGUAUUCUUUAAAGCGGCCUGCAUUUAAUGUUAAUGCCAUUAGUGUGUAUUCUGGUGUAAGGAAACAGUAAUUUGAUCACUCUUCAUGUAAUUAUCCCAUGUGUGUUAUACAGAUAAAAUGUAUAAUGCAUGGGUUUAAUUUAUUGAAAUAACCAGAAGUGAUUCUGCGUGG